AUGCAGCAUGGAAUGCCUCACCAGUACCAAGAAGCAGCAAGGGCCAGCAGCUGCAUUCUCAAAUUUAAGAAAAAUACACAUAGGCAAAACAAUUCCUUGCAAACCCUUGAAAUGUUUGUAUGUUAUGGUAUGAUAACCAAAUUCCCAAUGAAGUUAUGGAGAGUAUUGGAAAAUCUGGAAACAGUGGUUCUUCAUGGUUGCAAGAGUGUGCAAGAGGUAUUCCAACUUGACGGACUUAAUCAACCCAAGAAGGAAUUGUUAUCAUUAUUCAAGACCCUGAAUUUGGAAUAUGUACCAGAACUGAGGUGUACAUGGAAGGGGCCCACUCACCAUGUAAACCUCAAAAGUCUCACUUAUUUAAAGUUGGAUGGUUGCAGUAAGCUGACAUCUAUAUUCUCACCGUGGCUUGCUGAAAGUUUGGUGCAAUUAGAAACACUUGAUAUAAGCCAGUGCAAACAACUUGAGCAUAUAAUUGCAGAAAAGGAUGAGGAGAGACUGUAUACAUUUCCAGGAUCUCAUGUGCGACCAGUCGGCCUGCAAAACUUGAAGACGCUUAAAAUAUAUGAAUGUGAUAGGCUAACAUAUAUCUUCCCAGUGUCAAUUGCAAAGAACCUCCUCCACCUAGAAGAAGAGAUCAGCAUAGCAAGUGCUGCCGAAUUGAAGCAGUUCUUUGGCAAAGGAGAAAGCAGCGUGUCUUCAGGAGUUGAGAAUGACUUGCUCUGCCAAUCAGAAGCUUAUUCUUCAAGACUUGGCUAUUUCUGCUCAGGAAAUUCCUCUGCGGACCAAAAUGGAUAGAAAAAAUAUCUCAAAGAAAAUAUUUCAGCAAGAAGAAUCUACAAGAAAAGAAAAGAGGCCUAGAAUUAAGGAGUUUGAUAAUGAUAAUACAAAUUAGCAUGUUCCUCUAACUAAUGUUAUGAAGAAGAUAAAAACUCAACAAAAGAAAACUACUGAUAUUGUUAGAAAAGAGAAGGGACAUGCUCAAUAAAAGAAAUGAAAGCAAGCUGCUCUACUGAUGUGAGUGAAAAUAUUAAGAAAAGAAAAGUUGUUAUUGCACAAUAAACUCAAGAGCAUAAUACGAGAUACAAAACACGUUUAAUGAUUGAUAAAGGAAAGAAAAGUAGUUGCAGAAGAAUCAAAUAAGGACACUGAUUCUAUUUUUGAAGAACAUUGCCAAAGGAGACAUCUAAAUCACAACCUAGAAAAAAGAAAAAAGAGAUUAGAUCUGUCCUACCAACCAGAAUGUCUCCAUCUAGUUUGUUUAAAACAUGAAAGAGGUUAUUACCGGAACAAUGUAAAACAGUUGAAGACAUUGGCUUUGGAAACCUUUUGAAAUCUAUGCUAUGUGAAUGUCAUGGACAGUUAAAUAGAUACAUUGUGGAGAAUUUCGAGUUCUGUAGGUGCGCUUUAGUUUUAGAGAGAAGAAGUUAAGCUAAUUGAGAAUGAUAUAGUUUCUAUAUUAAAUAUUCCUUAUAGUCCUAAAUUCAUUGUAGAAGCUAAAUGAGACAACAACAAUAAUGAAUAUAAUUAGUUACAAAAAGAAUGGAGGAGAAGAUGGGUUAUGACUUCCGGUAGUCCUAUAACAAGAAAUAAGACUGAUAAAAUAGUGAACAAGAAAGAUCACAAUGAAAAAUUCAUUAGUUUAUGCAUAUAGGUUCAUUAGGUUAUACAUAUAGAUUCAUUACUUUAUACAUAUAGGUUCUUUAGGUUCAUUUCUAAUUUUUUUCUUGAAUGAACAACUUUCUUACUUAGACAGAGUUGUAUUUAAAGUAACAAAUGAUCACAGUGGAAAGUUUCGAAUGCUCUCUUGCUGGACUGCUCAAAGUGUUAAGGAGAAAGUCAAAGAAGAACUCCAAACAGGUGGAUUUGGAAAAUGUUGUGGACAGAAUAAAAAAUGUUAAAAAUGAUGAAAAGAAAGCAGAUGAAAUGAAGAUGAUGGAUACCAAAGAGUUGAAAUUUCUAAAUCUACAAAUCUUAUUUAAGAUUUGAGUAUAAACCUAUCUUUGUAUAAUUAUUCAUAACAAUUAGGUUCAUUUAAUCUGCACUACAUAUUUAUUAAAUUAUAUAUUUAUAUUCAUUACUAUUAAUGAAUAAAAUUUUAUGUUUAUAGGAGCCUAUAGAGAAAGUAUCUACUAUCCUAAAGAAAAUUGUUGAAGUAGUGGUUGAGUUUGGAGAAAUAAUGUGAGAGAUAGGAUAGGUACAUCAAGGGAGUGGAAUAUUGAAGAAAAUGUUCACUUUCAUAUAUGAAACAUCAGUAAUGUUUCAAGCUCAUAAGGAGAGGAAGAAGUUGAUACAGAUAUUGGAAAACAUAAUGAAAAUUAUAUGAAUUUUUUAAUGAUCCAAGUUUUCUUGAUGCAGUGGCGAAACUU